AAUAUAAACAAUCAACAAUUCUAAUAACAGUUUGUGGCAAAAACGUUUUGUUUUCAAUAAUUAAAGAACUGUCGUGUCAACCGUGUAACUAAAACAAAAAAAAGUCAUUUUAUGUUCUCAUUUACAAAGUCGUCUUUGUUUGUGCUUAUUUAACAUAGUUUAAGUGAACGAAAUAAACGAGCUGCUUUAAUUAUUUAACAUAAGCCUUUAAAAUGGGCAAUUCCAGUUCCAUUUGUGCUGAUCGCAAUGCCAUAAGGAAUUUCGAUGAAAACGGCACGCCGAUUUAUCCAACGGCCAAUAAUUCCCAGAGCCCUUCCAAUGGCCAAAUAACACCGUAUCAUCGUCAGCAGCAGCAGCAGCAGCACCAGCUGAGUGCAAAAGAGCACGGCUACUACAAGACCACAAUACCCGUUGGCAGCGCCGUCAGCAGCGGCAGCAGCAGCAGCUGCUCUCACUGUCAAACAGCUGAUUUGUGCUCACGCGCACUUUUGCAAGAGAGCGCUUACAACAAUAACAAUAAUAAUAAUAACAUAAGCCCGCCACGACUCUCUCGCGCACACACGCACACACAAACACACGAAAGCACAAACCAUUGUGACGAUGAGGGCGGCGUUGCGACGUCAGCUGCGGCUGCGGCUGCGACUGCGAAGUGGCGCAGUAGUCGUGUGUGUAAAAAUCAUACGACUACAACGACAACAACGCUCGAAUACGAACUUUCGAAUUUUGCAAAACUCACAACACAAAUCAGUACGCAACACAACGUUGACCAGGCAACAGCAGCGACAUCCACAGUCCAAGCUUUGCCACCACCCAUCAUAUCCUCGAGCCACUGGCAGCAGCUACAACAGAGCCUGCACGAGCUUCAUCACCACCAACAACAACAGCAACAACCACUACUGGGAAACACCUUCAAUCAAAGCCAACAACAGAUACGCAACUACAGCAGCAGCAGCAACAUGAGCAACGGUCAAGAUCAACAACGGGAUCGUCUGGGUCUCUGGGGAACCGGCGACAAUGUGACCAGCGGCAAUCUUUCCGGUCUGGAUCGUCUGCAUAACAAACGCUAUGCCAAGGGUUUGGCUUUCUCGCACGAGGAACGUCAGCUGCUGGGCAUCCACGGUCUGCUGCCCUUCGCUGUGCGCAGCGAUGAGGAGCAGGUGGCUCAUUGCCACACGCUGCUGAAUCGCCUGGAGAACGAUCUGGACAAGUACAUGUAUCUGAUUGGUCUCUCCGAGCGCAACGAGCGUCUCUUCUUCAAGGUGCUCAGCUCCGAUAUUGGCGGCAUGAUGCCACUCGUGUACACCCCCACCGUUGGUUUGGCUUGCCAGAAGUACAGUCUGGUGUUCCAGAAUCCCAAGGGUCUGUUCAUUUCGAUCAAGGACAAGGGACACGUCUACGAUGUGAUCAAGAACUGGCCAGAGACCGAUGUCCGUGCUAUUGUGGUGACCGACGGCGAGCGAAUCUUGGGUUUGGGUGAUCUGGGUGCCAAUGGCAUGGGAAUUCCCGUGGGCAAGCUGUCGCUGUACACAGCACUGGCUGGCAUCAAGCCACAUCAGUGUCUGCCCGUCACCCUCGAUGUGGGCACCAACACCAAGUCCAUUCUGGAGGAUCCCCUCUACAUGGGACUGCGUGAGCCACGCACCACUGGCGCAGUGUACGAUGAGUUCGUGGAGGAGUUUAUGCAGGCGUGUGUGCGUCGCUUUGGCCAGAAUUGUCUCAUUCAGUUCGAGGACUUUGGCAACGCCAAUGCCUUCCGUCUGUUGAGCAGAUAUCGCGACAACUAUUGCACCUUCAACGAUGAUAUUCAGGGCACAGCUUCUGUGGCUGUUGCCGGUUUGUUGGCCUCGCUGAAGAUCAAGAAGACCCAGCUGAAGGACAAUGUGCUGUUGUUCCUGGGUGCUGGCGAAGCUGCUCUGGGUAUUGCCAAUCUCUGCACCAUGGCCAUGAAGGCUGAGGGUCUGACCGACGAGGAGGCCAAGUCCCGCAUCUGGAUGGUGGACAGCCGUGGCGUGAUUGUCCGCGAUCGUCCAAAGGGCGGUCUCACCGAGCACAAGCUGCACUUUGCGCAGGUGCACGAUCCCAUCGACACCCUCAUGGAGGCCGUGGUCAAGGUGCGUCCCAAUGUGCUGAUUGGUGCCGCUGCCCAAGGCGGCGCAUUCACCCGCGAGAUCUUGGAGCAAAUGGCCGAGAUCAAUGAGACGCCCAUCAUCUUUGCUCUGUCGAAUCCCACCAGCAAGGCCGAGUGCACCGCCGAGGAGGCUUACACCCACACCCAAGGCCGCUGCAUCUUUGCCUCCGGCUCACCCUUUGCCCCCGUCACCUACAAUGGCCGCAAAUUCUAUCCCGGCCAGGGCAACAACUCGUACAUCUUUCCGGGUGUCGCUCUCGGUGUGUUGUGCGCUGGUAUGUUGACCAUUCCCGAGGAAGUGUUCCUGAUCUCGGCCCAAUGCUUGUCGGAUCUGGUGUCCAAGGAUGAUCUGGACAAGGGCAGUCUCUAUCCACCAUUAAACUCGAUUGUCAACUGCUCGUUGGCCAUUGCCGAGAAGAUCGUCGACUAUGCCUUCAAGAACAAGUUGGCCACCGUGCAUCCGGAGCCAGCCAACAAGUUGGCCUUCAUCAAGGCCCAAAUGUACGAUCUCGACUACCCGCGUGCCUUUCCCGAAACUUAUCCCUUGUAAAUGGCCAAAUAACGAGUAGAGAUCGAUCCUCAAUCAGCACUUCAUGCUCAGCAGACUUUCCAUUCCAUUUGGCCUUUCUUUGAGUUGGCGUACAAUCGAUCGAUGGAUCAAACAUGCAUAUGUUAUUUAU